CCUGACCACUGUCACUCAGCUGUGGCUUCCCAUGUUACCCCACUGCUCAUGCUACCUGUGCAGACGCAUCCUCAGGGAAAUGGGGACUGGUUGACGUGCCUAGAGAUCACCCUUUCACUUUUGUCCCAUGGCAGACUCCCAAGAAGCCAAGGGCCAAGUUUGUUUUCAUGUUUAGUCCUGAGUGCCGUGACUACCCAGUGACCCGCCUCUGGUCUUGGUUACAUACCAAGGUAGAGUUCUGGCUCCUCUCUCUGCUGUGAUACCUGCCCAUCCUCCAAUGGACUGUGUCUCAGAAUGCCCAGGUGGUCUUGCCUCUGGACCUAAUUCCUGGAGAUACAGUGUUCCCAGGGAGAUGUUUCCCAGAAGCCUAACAGCAGAAGGUAGAGGGAGGACCUGAGAGGAGCAGAAAUGUAAACUAGACAUCUAGAGAAAGAGAAUGUGACUUUUGGCCUUAUAAAUUAGGAAUAUGAGUCUGAUUUUAUUUUUAUGUUCUUGAUGCAUCCUCCAAGCCCAGUCCAUCUCCCCAGCCUCCCUGACUGUUAUCACCAGCUGUCCCUCUCCUGAUCACAGAAAUCACAAACCUCAGACACAGAGCCAUCGUCCACACUUUAUACACGCAUGUAUUGUAACUCCCACCACUGAUCUGCCUCCACAGAUACUUGCACAACACUGAGAGUAAACACUGCCUUAGAUUUUGCCUAACCCUAGUCCUGGCCCUGCCACAACCCCAGCUCCCUUUAUUCUAUCAGUGAUCAGAAUAACGCAUUUAUGUAGCUCUGUGAGCUGCUAGAGCCUGUGUUGGGCCACUGCUUCACCAUGAAGCGCCUUCCCCUCCUAGGACCAGCUUUCAGCUUAUGUUCAGCUUGACUGUGAGAUUUUCUGCAGACAAGAGGAAAGUACUCUCGGUGUACUUCCUGUGACAUGGCAUGCGGGGCUCGACACAGCUGAUCUGAGCUUUGGAGCUCCCAGAGAGGAGCUUCUAAAAAGGAGGACUCUUCAACACUUCUUGGGAGCCAGGUAGGGGGUAUCUAGACCUACUUGUGACCCUAGACCUGUAGCUCUGGCCAAAGGGAGUAGGACAAGGGAAGUGAGAGGGUCUGUGGGUGUGUUGGGUGGGUAUUGAGUGAUGCAGCUGGAGGGGUGGGGCUGAGAAAGGUCAGGAUGGUGAGCAUUAAGCCUAAAAUGGAUGGUGUUCCAACUUGGGGUUCCCAGUGCUAGGAAUGUUGUCCCCUUGAUUAUCAGUAUGAAUGUAAAAGAAGCAGCAGAGGCCUGCUGAUAGGGAAACAAAGAUGUGCCUCUGAAGGAUGGAGGGGAACACCAAAGUCCUGACUCUGGUCCAGGUCAGAAUUGAUCUGUGAGAGAAUCAUCUGGUUCACAUGUAGGUGACCUGAGAAACAAGAUGGAUAAAAGACACCAGUUUGCUAUUUGGAGAAUAGGGGUCUAAGAGUUAGUAGGAUCAUUUCUGGCCCCUGGGAGCAUUCGCAUAAGAAAGUACAGCACCUGCCCUUCUUAGUGGCUUAGAAUCCCUGGUUGGUUAGAACAAAAGUGAAAGUGAAAUGGGUGCUGGGCAAUACUUUCCCAGAAGGAGUUCACUGCCUCUGCCCUUCUCAGAACCACUUCUGACAGUGGAGAGAGCAUUGCCUUCCUUUGUGACUAGGUAAGUCCCCGGCCCCUCUUGGGGCUUGUGUCCACAUCCCUAAUGAAGAGGUAAAAUUGGACUAUAUAGCCAUCAUAUUAAUGUAAAAAAGAGUUGGGGUGGGUCAGAUUGUCACUAGUGAUACCCAGCUCUGCAUGUUGACAGAGUUCUAGCCUGUGCUCUGGGAGUUAGUGGGACAGAUGGGCAGAGUGAAUUGCAGUGCCUGGCAGCCCACUGAGUAUUCAGACCCAAAGAGCAACUGUGGAGUUUACAGGAAGAAAGCCUCAUGUAUGACGGCAAUCUAGAAUAGCUACUGAGAAAAUGUGGGCGUUGCCCACAUUUCCCCCUUCCUCACCUUUCCCCAGAGAGGAAGAAGUCACAGAUAUAUAUAGAGCUGAGCUUGCCAGCUCCUGAUGUACCUCAUGACCAUGGGACAGAACUGGAUACCAGAAUCCAGUUCUUUGUGGGUACUUCUAUAUGUCCACAUCGUCACUCUCCUGGCUGGAACCACACCUGUUCCUCAGACCAUCACAACUGCCACUGUCUCAGCUGGAAUCUCAAAGGACCCUAUCCCCUCUUGGCCUCCAACACUCUCACCAGCUAAGCAGUGCCCAGCAUUGGAGGUGACCUGGCCAGAAGAGGAAAUGCCACUGAAUGGAACGCUGACCUUUUCCUGUACUGCCUGCAGCCGCUUCCCCCACUUCAGCAUCCUCUACUGGAUGGGCAAUGGUUCCUUCAUUGAGCACCUCCCAGGCCGGCUGAGAGAGGGCAGCACCAGACGAGAGCCUGGAAGUACAAGCACUCGACUGUCGAGGUCCUUAGUGCUGGAGGAACUGAGCCCUGCCCUGCGAAGCACCAACUUCUCCUGUGUGUAUGUAGACCCUGGACAGGUUGUCCAGCGUCAUGUCAUCCUGGCAGAGCUCUGGGUGAGGAACCCAUGGGAAGCCUCCAGGGACAGGAGGAGCGCCACUUCUGUAUGGGGAAGAAAGGGAAGGCUCAGCCAGAGUAGCCUUCAAAAUAAUGCCCCCACCCCAUUUUCCCUAAGGUUAGCCUGAGGUAGAAACAAAAAGAACUUGAGGACUUGGGCAGGGGAGGCGGGGCCUGGAGGAAAGUGACCAGAUGUCCUUCCAUUCCUUGACCCUGAUCCUUACCUGUCUUUACUUCCCCAGGCUGGACUGAGAAUGGUCCUGCCUGACUCUCAAGAAGUCCUGCCCUCCAGCCACAGCCCAGGUCCCCAGCAGGGUGAAGAGUGACAACAGGGCCAGCAAAAGCACCACCUUGACCAGAGCCUGGGCACUUCCCACCUGGAGGGCGAAGUCUGCUGCAGGCGAUGCAGGCUGUGCAGGCGAGCAGCCCCUCUUGUCACCAAAUUCAAACUUCCUUCCCAUCCACCUAGAAUAUCAUAGAAACCUUCCCUUAAAGCCUCCUCUGGCUUGUCCUUCCCUUUUUGCCCAUUAGCUUUUCUGAUCUCUUACUCUUCACACCGCUGUCCUGCUCAGAAACCUCCAAGACCUGUUCAGCGUCUCAAUGUCCUGCACUGCAUGAGCUCCCUUCCUUGUUUCUAAAACAACUCCCACUCAUGCGCCUUUGCUUCCUUGGUCCUGUCUUCCUCACCAUCUCAACAAGUGAUCCCUGAAGCCUGGUUGAAAAGCCACUUCUUCAGUGAGGGCCACAUAUAUCAUUGAUUUCAUGUUGCCUAUACUGUAUGUAUGAUUUUUCACCUUAAUGAACUGCCCCAGGGAAGGGGGCAGUAGCUGCUUCUGAUCCACAACUGGGCCCACAUCCACAGCAAGGCCCACAAUAAGUCCUCAGAAAUGAUUAGAGGCCAGAAAUGGAAGAUCCUAGAGACAGAUGAAGGCUCCAAGGAGCCUAGAUUUCCCCCUUUCUAUACAGAUCAAGGCUGCUCAGCACUCAAGGGAGAAAAAUAGACUUUAUUUACAAGAAAUAACAUUUAAAAAAGAUCCAUCCCAGCCCUUAAAAACCUUCCAAUCACUCCAAGUCCAACCCCAGUGCAAGUCUGGGGAAGGUAGGGUGUGAGCUGCUGUUGAAGGCUACCCUCCCACCCCACCCUAGCCCUGAGACCUAGGGCCUGUUUGUCCUGGAAAAGAGCAUCCUUUGGGCAUCUGUGCCCUUGUGGAAGAGAGCAGGGGCUCCCACUGCCAUCAAGAGCAAGGUCCCCUGCUAGUCCCAGCCACCAGGAGAUGCAGAAGCCAAGGCCUGCUCUUCUGGUCCCUUCUAGAUCCAGAGGCUGAGGAAGACUGGCUGGGCCCAAGGAUCCAGCCACUCAAAGCCAGCCUCACAUCUGGUUAUGAUGAAGAAUUGACUUAGCGCCAACAAAAAUUUAGAAGGCAAGGUCAAGAGAGGGCCCCACACUGUCCAAGCUCCGAGCCCCAGGGCCAGCUCUGUGAAGGAGCCAGUGAAAGUCCAGGCAAUAGGCCAGGGCGUGGGCAGGCAUCACUGUCUCUAGGGGUUUGGCCACCAUUGGCCUGGGAGCUGAGAGAAGGCACUGAGAGGGACAGUAGUAGGAAAAGGACCAGGCGAGGUCAGCAUCAGGGGACACAGGUGGGGCCACUCACUGUAUUGGCCCUUUAGUGCUUUGCCUAUAAGAGACAAGAGAGAGUCACGUCACAGGGCUGGAAAACCCUUCCUGCUCCCACACACCUGACUAGGAUUCCUUCCUUCAUGAACCCUGGACUCAUCUAGCUUCAAUUUACCAGUUGCUAGCCUGCCUAAGCAGCUCUGGGUGCUCUCAGUGGGAAGGGAGCCCCUCUCUGCUAACCAGACCCAGGGACACCUCUUAACCCUCCAACCUCCAGUGGCCUGACUUGGCCCUGCCCUGGCUCCUGCCCCGAUGAAGGGCCUGUGCUUUCACCAGGUUUCCCUUCCUGCUCCUGUCAAUGCCUUCACCUUGCCCUUGGCCCGAGGGGUGGCAGUGGUGGCAGCAACGGCAGAAGCAGUGGCAGCGCUGGCUGUGGUGGUGGCAAUGCGUGGAGAGCGGCGGGUUCCACUGCGGGUGUUUGGGGAGGCCUUGGACUGGGCCUUCUUUGAGGCUCCUCGUCGCAGAAGACUAUUUCCCAGCUUCUUAGGUGUGUUGAGGAUGCUGAAGGCCAUUGACUGACGUCGGUCAGCCUGCGUGAAAGGGUCAAACUGGGAAAUCCACUGCUGCCUUCCCAGGCCACACUGCUGCUCCAAGGCUUAGCCAGCGAGCCUUUGCUGGGGUCUACUUCUGCACCCCCGCCCCCAAUCCCAGUCUAACCUGUUUAAAAACAGCUGGAGCUUUUUUCUGGA